AUGGCAGCCGCCGCCUACGUGGACCACUUCGCGGCCGAGUGCCUCGUGUCCAUGUCCAGCCGCGCCGUCGUGCACGGCCCGCCGCGCCCCGAGCCCCAGGCGGGCCCCGAGGGCGCGGUCCUCGCCGUGCCCGCCGUCCCCAGCGCCGCCGCGGCCACCUCCCCGGCCCGGGACGCGGCCAAGGACAGCGCGUCGCUCUUCGUGGUGGCGCGGAUCCUGGCCGACCUCAACCGGCACGCCGCGCCCGCGCCCGGCCCGGAGGAGCGCCCCGCGCCCGCGCCCCCCGCACCCCCCGCGCCGGGACCCCCCACGGGCGGCGGCCAGCCGGGCCCCAGACAAAGGGGCCGGCGGGGCCGCGGUCGCGCCGACCUGGAGUCGCCCACGCGCAGGCACCGCUGCCACUACGCGGGCUGCGAGAAAGUUUACGGCAAGUCCUCGCACCUCAAGGCGCACCUCAGGACGCACACAGGCGAGCGGCCCUUCGCCUGCAGCUGGCAGGACUGCCACAAGAAGUUCGCCCGCUCCGACGAGCUGGCCCGCCACUACCGGACGCACACGGGCGAGAAGAAGUUCAGCUGCCCCAUCUGCGACAAGCGCUUCAUGCGCAGCGACCACCUGACCAAGCACGCUCGCCGCCACGCCAGCUUCCACCCGGGCAUGCUGCAGAGACGCACCGGUGGCUCGCGCACCGGCUCGCUCAGCGACUACAGCCGCUCAGACGCCAGCAGCCCCACCAUCAGCCCGGCCAGCUCGCCCUGAGCCCGGCCCCUGACCGGCAGCACCGGC